AUGUCUUCCCCAGGCGAUCCUUCUUCGCAUGAUACGCUGAUAAUAGACUCUGUCUCUUUGACCAUCGGCCCUGACUCCCUCCUCAUACAUGAUGACCGCCCGGCUCGCAAAUCAGAUCGUCGUUGCUGCGGCUUGCUACAGUCCAAACCAGAAACCAACCAUUGCAUCUCCUUGUACAACAUCUUAGGUGCCGAGGUCACCGCUUCUAACCUCGUCAUUGCCUAUGCACAACCGGCUGCCAAGGACGAUGUUUCCGUAACGACCGUCCAAUACCCAAUCUCCGAAAAAGAAAAAACCGCCGUCGAGGCAUGGGUACGGCAACUACUUGACGGGGCAUAUGGCAAGGCACUGCGGGGUAAACGACUGAAGAUAUUGGUCAAUCCUUUUGGAGGGAAGGGGACGGCUGCGAGUUUGUAUCAGCGAUAUGCGGCGCCGGUCUUCGCCGCGGCGAAGUGCCAAGUGGAUGUACAGACCACCGAACACAGUGGGCAUGCAAUCGAAAUCGCGGAAAAUCUCGAUAUCGACGCGUACGAUGCGGUCGUUUGCUGCUCUGGCGAUGGAUUGCCCUACGAGGUGUUUAAUGGGUUGGGCAAGAGGCCAGAUGCUCGAAAAGCGCUAGCGCAAACCGCUGUUACACUGCUCCCAUGUGGCUCUGGAAAUGGGUUGGCAUGGAAUUCUUUUGGAACUGGUAGCGUCUCUAUUGCGGCGCUGGCAAUCGUCAAGGGGCUGAGAACUCCACUGGACCUAAUCUCGAUCUCCCAGAAGGAUUCUCGCACGCUCUCUUUCCUCUCGCAAUCUUUUGGUAUCGUUGCCGAGAGUGAUUUGGGCACUGAGAACAUCCGUUGGAUGGGUGCUCAGCGGUUCACAUACGGUUUCUUGGUCCGUUUGCUGCGGCAGACGAUAUGGCCUUGUGAUAUAGCCGUCAAGGUGGAAAUUGGCGACAAAGCGGCAAUCAAGGAACACUACGCUGCGUGGUCUGCACGCCCACAGGAUUUGGAUGCUGAUAGAAAACGCCUCGAAAUCGCUACAGAGUCCCCAGGCCUACCAGAGCUCAAAUACGGCACAGUGACAGACGAGCUGCCUGAGGGGUGGGAAACAAUUUCGGGAGAGACUAUGGGCAAUUUCUACGCGGGAAAUAUGGCCAUCAUGUCUAAAGACACAAAUAUGUUCCCUGCGACGUUGCCAGACGAUGGUUUGAUGGACGUGGUCACUAUUGAGGGUACUGUGAGUCGUGGUACAGCGCUUACUAUGAUGAACGAAAUCCCCAGUGGUCGCUUCUUCGACAUGCCAGAUCUGAAGCUCCGCAAGGCGUCUGCAUUCCGGCUAGUUCCCCACCAGUCCGAAGGCUAUAUCAGUAUUGACGGUGAAAGGGUGCCUUUCGAGGCGUUCCAAGCCGAGGUCCACCAGGCCUUGGGCACGAUACUCACCAAAUCGGGCCGUAUCUACGAGGCGGAAGGUCCCCGCUAA